AUCAUAUAUGGCAGAACACAAACCCAAACGCCCAUCUGAUCUGAGCAGCUUCAAUUUAUAGUUGUUGUAGAAUUAGUUGCAUUUGCAGUGAAAGAGAAGAUUAUAACCAUGGCCAGGAAAUCGCUUGGGCUUUUCUUGUUGCUGCUUAUAAUUGUCUUGGCUUCUCAAGAGAUGGUGAUGCCAAGUGAGGCAAGAGUUUGCGAGUCACAGAGCCACAAGUUCAAGGGACCAUGCGUGGGUGACCACAACUGUGCUUUGGUCUGCAGGAAUGAAGGCUUCUCCGGCGGCGAUUGCAAAGGACUCCGUCGCCGUUGUUUCUGCACCAGACUUUGUUAAGCGCUUCUGCAACCAACCAGAUCGAUCGACCACAUGCCAUCGUGCACGAGUAGUAGUAACCAAUAAAAGCCAUACUUGUUUGUCUCUAGGCCAGGCCUUGCAUGUAUUUGGGUUUUGAAGCUUAAAUAAGAUUUCUCUUCCAUUUGGUCGGGUGUCAUCUAGCCAUGACUUCCUUGCUAAAUGGAAGAGUAUUUGCUACUUUUAAUUUCAAUACAUUUGCCUUCUAUUUUA